CACUUCUUCGGUUUCUUCUUCGGGAUCCAGAUUCUCUUCGCUGCUGGAAACAUGGAACCAACUGUAAGAUUGUUUUUAAGCUUCCGCUCGACCUCUGACCUCACGUGUCAUCUCUUCAGGAUGAUAUUAGCAUUUCACACACGUGUGUUUGUUGAGAACGGAAUCAACAGAAGACAUGACGCAGACAUCUCUCACCCCGUCUACCUGCUGCUGGCUCCCAGAAUCCUUCGCUCUGGAGUCCCACCGUCACUCACCGUCUCCAUCCUCACCGACUCCGAGGUCGUCGUCUCUGCUCACAUCGUCCAUGGCAACCAGACGGUGUCCUCAGCUUCUGCCACAGUGGGAGGAGGUUCAACUCAGCAGCUGACGAUGCCUCCAAUCGUCAAGAGCAACUCCAGCUACGUGCACCCUUACACCCUGGAGGUCAAAGGUCACGAGGGGAGCCACCAACUCUUCUUCAACUCAACAGAACUACGCUUUGACCCCAAAGACGUCUCCACCUUCAUUCAGACGGACAAACGGAACUACCUGCCCGGGCAGGUGGUGAAGAUCCGAGCGGUGUCCAUUCAUCCCGAUGGGAAACCCUACGUCAGCCCAGUGGACGUCACCAUCGCGGAUCCGAGGGGAAACCUGCUCAGACAGUGGUUGUCUGUGGACGGCGUCCUCGGCGUCGUGUCCCGAGAGUUUCAGCUGUCAGAGAACCCUCCUCUGGGAGAGUGGACCAUCGUCGCUACAGUCGAUGGAGUCUCAAGCAAGAAGCAAAUCAACGUGGCUUAUUAUGUGCUGCCAAACUUUGAGGUGAUGAUCGACGUCCCCGAGGUCAUUUUCCAUGAAGACACAAUGUGGGGCUCCGUCACUGCCAAGUACAUGUACGGGAAACCUGUCCAAGGACACAUGUUUCUAACGUUCCUCCACCAUUUUCAUGGUAUCGUAGACGUGUACGAGGAAGAUAGAGAGAUCGACGGCACUGAGGACUUCAGCUUCUCUCUUCCUGACUUCCACUCAAUGAACAGAAGAGCUGUGGACUUUGAUUAUUACGAGGGAUACAUGGAGGAGCAGCAUCUCACGGUCGUGGUUAAUGUGACAGAACAUCUCACAGGUCUCACCUACAGCAGCUCGGCCGUGGUUUCUCUGGAACAAUACAAAUAUAAACUUUCCUUCCACGGCUAUUCCAAAAUGUUGAGGCCCUCAUUAAAGUUUGUUGCCACGCUGAAAAUAUCGACAUACAACAAUCAGCCUCUGUCCCUGGAGGAUCAGAGAAACACGGUCCAAGUGUCGGUGAUGCAGAGGAAGGAAAGUCCGUGGAACUGGAAAAUGGAUCAAGGGUUAGAAAUGAGGCCUCGAUCAUCGAACGUGUCGGGUCCUCAACAUCCGGAGCAGAUGCCCCUUAAACAAAUGGAGUUCCCGGUUCCUGCAGAUGGAGUCGUACCGCUCCACGUCCUGGUCAUGAAUGAAACUGAAACGCUCACUAUUGAUGCGUCGUUUGGAGACAGCCACAGCACUCUUCAGCUCUACAGGAGCUACACGUCACCCAGUCACACGUAUCUGCAGAUUCAGAAACCCUCCACACCUGCUGAGGUUGAUUCUCUCGUCCUGCUGCACAUCCAGAAGAAUUUUCCAGUGACAGAGAUUCACUACAUCGUGAAGUCCAGAGGUCGAGUUGUCUCUGCAGGAAAUAGCUCCGGGGACCUGACGCUGUUCCCUGAGGUCUCCUGGGCUCCUCUGGCCUGUGUCAUCGUCUUCUGUGUCCGUCCUGACGGAGAGAUCGUCAAUGAUGUCCUGCAGCUGCCAAUCAAACCAGCGCUACACAACCAGGUUUCUCUGAGCUGGAGCGACACUGUCACGCAGCCGGGCGAUGACGUCACUCUCAGGGUCAAGGUGGCGGAGCCGGGCUCUCUGGUCGGGAUCCUGGUGGUCGACAAGGCGACGCGGGGGAGGGGAUCAAACAACGACAUCACCAAGAUGAGGGUGAUGGAGGAGAUUAAGCAGUACAGCGUCUCCGCGGCUGACGCCUUCUCCGACAUGUUGACAAUGGGAGAUCCGCACUCCGUCUUCAAGAUUUGUGAUUUCGUGGCUCUGACCGAUGCCACUUUACACGAGAUGAAAAAUCCAAUGAGGCCUACAUUACCAGGGGAGGGAAUGUAUCACCUCACCCACGCGGACGAUCCACCGACGCAGCAACAGCAGGAUGCUCGAGAGCGCCAGAACUUUCCAGAGACCUGGAUGUGGCUGGACACCAACGUGAGUGACUCAGACACUAAAGAGUUACGUGUCACUGCACCAGACAGCAUCACAGCCUGGGUCGCCACCGCCUUCGUCAUGUCUGAGAACUUGGGACUGGGCGUCGUGGAAGAGCCGGCAGAGCUCACAGUGUUCCAGGACUUUUUCCUGUCCUUGAAUCUGCCGGCGUUCAUCAUCCGGGGAGAGGAGCUGCUGCUGGAGAUCGUCCUGUUCAACUACCUCCUGCACGACCUGGAGGUCAUGGUGACUGUGGCGCAGAGCGACACCUUUGAGUUCGUCUUCCCGGACAAUGAUGCGCUCUCCGUGCCAGGCGUCCGGCGGCUGUCCAUGGGGAGCCAGAGCGGGACGGCCGUCCUCGUUCCCAUCAGGCCGCUGGUCCUCGGAGAGAUCCCCAUCUCUGUGAAAGCCAAGUCGUACGCGGCGUCCGACUUUGUGCGCAGGAUGUUGCUCGUCAAGGCCGAGGGAAUCGAGCAGACGUUCUCGGCCUCGCUGCUGUUGGAGGUGUCUCCGUCACAGUCGAGCGUCUCCACGCACGUGUCCUUCACCUUACCAGCAGAUCUGGUGCAGGGCAGCGAGAGAGCUGUGGUGACGGUGGUCGACGGCGUCCCGACGUGGUCCUCCCCGGACGUCGGCCUGUCGUCGUCGUGGCAGCCUCGCUCUGCAGACAUAGAGAUGGUGGCCUACCUGCUGCUGACUCUGCAUAAGCUGGGUCGCACCGCGGAGGGCGUCGGCCUCCUCAAGUGGCUCAGUCGGCAGCGGAGCCACCGCGGAGGAUUCGGAAGCACUCAGGACACAAUCGUCGCCCUGCAGGCCUUGUCCACGCUCGCAGUGUUCGGCAACUCCCACCACUUCGACCUCGCCGUCCGAGUGACCAUGGAGUCGUCCACCGUCGCCUCGUUCAACAUCCACCAGAGCAACUACAUGCUGCUGCAGAGUCAGCAGCUGCAGCCACCGGAGGAGCUGCUCCUGCACGUGACGGCCGAGGGUCGUGGACUCGCUCUGUUUCAGCUCACCGUGUUUUACAACGUCAGGAACGAGAAGCUGAUGAGGCGCAGACGAGAGGUCGACGUGCACGAGGCCUUUUAUCUGCACACGGAGCUGCGGGACGUUGACAUGACGUCAUCAUAUCUGGACGUCUGCACCAGGUGAGCGGCUCGGCUCUGACACCCCCCCCACCCCCCACCUCGU